GUGGUGUGGUGUAGUGGAGUGGGGCCUCCAAAGUUCAUUAAAGACGUGCUCCACUUAUGUCCUUCUUUCACGACACGAACAGCUCCACUGCUUACUGACACGUUUGUGUUGGCAAAAUCAGGUCCUAAUAGACACUAGAAGGUGGGGUAAACCAAUGCUAGUUUCUCUUUAGUUAUCUUUGCAGCAUCAUUGUCACGUUUGACGAUACACAUCAAGAAAUGACAAAUAUGAACACAUACCCUGUUAUUAUUAUGCAUUAGCUCCGGAUGCUGCAAUAUUGCAAUAAUAACCAUUGAAGUUGGUUUCGCUUAUGUUGACUUCAAGUCCCGUUCUAUCAUGUUGUUUUUUAUUAUUAAAAAGUGCCAUCUAAAAUCAACAUUAACAUCAAAUGACAAAUUGACAACCAAAGAGAUGAUUUCUAUGAAAAAUCAGACCCUUUAUGUUAGCAUGUGUUUGUCAUUAUCAUUAUUGCUUAUCGAAUGACACAGCAUUAAAUCAAGUGACUUCCUGUUCAGUGCAAAGUAAGCUUUGCAGUAUUAAUAUUAACCACCAGAAGAAACUUUUACACAUGCACGAAGGCGUUGGCAUUGGCAAGAUGUACCAUUGACAUAACUGACCUGUAUAUUAACCGAGCUAGCGAUAUAGUUAUUGUAGCAGCUAACACGAAAUGUGAUAUCAAUGCGUCUGGGAAAGCCAUUCCGGUCAUGCUUUAAAUCAUCAAAAUUUGGCAAGAUACUAGAGAGAGAGAGAGAGAAGAGGUCCGGGAGGGGCGUCCGUCCGUCCGUCUGUCCAUCCGCUUGCCUGUGUGAAUGGCGGAUGGGGAAGCCGCUGUGUCCGUGGAGACGGAGCCAGCGGUGAUGGAGCUGUAAGCCAAAUACAGACGCCAAUUCAUCGGCUCCGUUUGCAUGUUGUCACUUCAAUCGGACCAUCUAUCUCUUUUGAAUAUGGAUCCAGAGAAGACGUUGACGUUCUGUCUUGGGCUCAAGGCUGAGGCGAUGACAAUAUCCUUGAAGGCCUUGGAUGGCACUGAGGCUUCGACGGUGCCUGUUCCCCAAAAGGAAGCUGAUCUACCUACGGUUCACAAGGUGGUGAAGCACAAUGGGAGCUCUGGUAGCCAGCCUGUAGUCAGUCCCAAGUACUGUCCUGGUGUAAACAACAAUCCAGGUUAUCUCUGUGAAACCGGACACUGCUGCGGCGAGACGGGCUGCUGUACCUACUAUUAUGAACUCUGGUGGUUCUGGCUGCUGUGGACCAUGCUGAUACUUUUCAGUUGUUUCUGUGCUUACCGCCAUCGCCGGGCCAAGCUGAGGAUCCAGCAGCAGCAGAGACAGAGGGAAAUCAAUCUUAUUGCCUAUAACGGAGCCUGCAACUACCGGUCCUCCAUGCUGGAUCUCAGCUUUCUUGCCUCCUUCAAGUUGCCCUCUUAUGAGGAGGUGGCAGCGCAGCCCACCACACCUCCUCCACCUUACAGCUCUGUCUUCGCCCUACAGGGAGGUGCCAUGCUUGGUCCAAGCUCCUCGUACCCCCAUUAUCACCACCCCCACCCCCUACAAAGCCACCCCUGCCCUCCAUACCUGGGCCCCGGUCCCAGUAGCUUCACGUCAUCCCAGAGCUCUGACAACUAUACCAGCUGUUCCUGCGAGUCCUGCUCCCUCACCUCCCCUUGCAGCACCUCCUUCUCUGUCCAAGUGACAGAUGAGACAUAUGACAGCAGCCGCAUAUCCACACCUAGUGAGGCAGGGGGUGACUGCCCCCUCUUGCCCAAGGUGGGGGCCACCCGCAUAUCAACACCUUUGACACCGUCACAGGUUCUGCCAGAUAUUAUACCAUCGGUAACUAUGGAUGUCAUUACCAGGCAUGCCUCCAACGGCAAUGGGGUGGUGUCACGUCCAGCUGCUCCACUCUCACUUCCUCUUCCGCCCUUAAAUAUCUAUCAACCCUCACGUCACCCUCACACUCCUCUGUCACCCCUAAUUCUAUCUUCCCUUCCUGCUGGUCAAGUCCAAAGCCUUGUUUUCUCAGACCCCCUGGGUGCCAUACUCAUGGUCAAAAAAAAAGAGGAAGAACCCCCCCCACUUUGCAGCCCAGCCCCAUGUUCCACCCCGUCCUCUUUUCAACAGGCUACCGCAAACCUGUCUGCCACAGUGCAUCCUACGGAGCAAACUCAAACAAGAGAGGAGGAUGAGGAUGAAGAGGAUGACGAGGAGGAUCACUUCAGCCACCGACGCCUGACAGGGGACUCUGGCAUUGAGGUGUGUCGAUGCCAUGUGAAGCGAGGAGAACAAGAGGAGGAGGUGAUCAAGGAGAGGAGAGAGAGCAUAGACAGCUCCGUUCGAGCUGAGGAGGCAGUGCUUUCACCCCCGCCGUUUGACACCCGUGUCCAACAGCACGACCUUGCUUUCUCCACCCACAAGACAGGCGACACCAUUGUCGCUGUGGAGUCUUCAUAGUUGAGCUGGCAAAAAAAAAAAAUGAAAAAAGUGCGGUGUUUACUGUUCGUGUCAUCCUCCUCCAUCAAGGCUAGUAGGUGAAAAGUUGAGUCACUGAAGUUCAAGUCUUGGAGGGCUUUUUUGGCCACUAGUUGAAGGUCAGCCUUUAUGUCCUCUUGUUUUCACCUUCACCCAAAGGUGAAUAUGGAGUAAAAUUUACAACUUGAAGGUCAUGAUUUCAACCUGCACCAAUGGAAAUUGGUGAUUAGUUUGCAGGAUUACACACCGUUUUAUGAGGAGUGUCACAUUUGAUGACAUGAUUGUGUGAAUCUGGGUAAAGGUGCAUUGACAGAAAUUUUUUCACAUCAUGGGAAUAUCGAGCUGCCCUUAUCCCACAGUUAAAAUUGUACAGUCUCCUCCGCCCAUUUAGUUCAGUCACUACCAGUAUGAGUACCUUUUUACAAGGUCCACAGGGUGCACACGUGCAUGCGUGCAGCCUAGUCAACUGUAAUGGGCUUGCUGUGUGUGUGUGUGUGUGUGUGUGUGUGUGGUGGAAAGACCACAAUUUUCCUGUCAUUGUCUGAAAAAUGCCCCCUAUUUUCAAAUGCAAGUACUGACCGGUAUGGGGUGAGCACCUCCUAAUCUAAUCUAAGGGGGAACAGUCCCAGUGGUGAGUAGUGAUGAGCAUUCACAUACAUUUUGUCAUUGGACAAUGGGGGAAAUUAACAAUGAAUCUGUCAUCAUGUUCUUCUUUAGACAGCAAACUAGACUUAAACAGCGCCGCAGCUGGUUGCAGCCAAGUAGUUCUCUCAUUUUUGCCUCAAUUACUAUGUGACAUUAUCCCUUUUUCACAUUCUCAAAGGUGUAAAAAUGGACCUGUGUAGUGGGGUGUCGCUCCUGCCAUGUUAAAAACGAUACCUCUGAUAACUGAUUUCAAAAAGGUGUUGUAGCUAUACUGUAUUUGUCGUGUUAAAUUUGUGCAAAGGUUCAUAUUAGUAUGAUGUGAACAUAUCAACACUGUUACAUGGUUCGACUGUACAAUUAGCAUACACCGGUUCUCAUAUUUUUCAAGGCUGUUACUGUUAGAGGCAAUGUUUAGCUGAUUCCUCACAAUGAUAAUGAAUGUAAAAGCAUUGCAGUGCUUAUGGACAUUUUUAUAGCACGAUAGUGGAAAGAAAAACACAGGAGAAUGUAAAGUAGCAAGACAAUACAUACUCUGACAAGACAUUUAUGGGAUGUUUUUGAGUGUCCGUUUUGCAUUGAAUGUCAAAUGUGAAAAAUGGUUUAGUCACAGUUAAAACUGAAUUUUAUUUGUUAGUGUAACUGUGACUCUUCCCUGAGACUGUGGGGUUUUUUUGUACCUCAAGUCAUGAAUCGAACAGUUUUACUGUACAAGACAGUCACCCAUGUAGAGUGCCUACCUUGGUGGGGAGAUUCACUGAAGUACCCCCCAACCCCAACCCCUGGUCUCUAGCACACAUGUACACGAAAUACUGUACGUUUGAGAAUAGGUAUAACAAAAAUAUAACUGUGCAUUCUUGUGCCACUGUAGUUAUAUGACAGAAACACAGCUAGAAGAUGCAGCUUUUAACUUAAUUGUGGCAGAUUUUAGACCCUGAAAGUGAUGUUUUUGACUGCAUAGUUCUUUAGUAGGAGCAAUAUGAGAACAUGAGACAAAUCAUGAGUGGCUGUUGUGGUUAUAAAAAGGCUUCUUUUGA